AAAAGCAGCUGACAGGAGCUUUUUUACUGGCCAAAAUAAAAGCUUCCCCGUGUGUGUUGUCAUAACUGUGGCUGCGCAACAACAAAUGUUGCAAAAGCUCACUUGAUUCCAUUCCACGAUUGAUUUGCUUUGCUAUUUGCGAUGUGCCGUGGAAAUGAUUCGAAUUGGCAGCUACAAUUGACCCACUGAACGAACCCGCUGCCUCUCUGCUGCACUACAUCCACAGCACUCCACGGUGAAAUCAGGGAAUACUUAAGAAUCUCCAGGUAACAGUCAUGUCAAUGGAGAGCAACACGCCCGUGGAUCCGAGGGUCCAGGUCGAGCUGGAGAAGCUGAACUCUGCGACGGACAACAUCAACCGAUACGAGGUGGAGCUCGAUGAGGCCAAGUGCGAGUUCAAACGUUUGUUGGCUGAAAGUGUCGUUCGGAUUAAGGCUGCCGCCCAUAAACUCGGUAACUCUAUCGAUGCCGCCAAGCCGUACUACGAAUCUCGCAUCUAUGCCGCUCAAUUGGCGAAGGAAACCCAAAUGGCGGCUGCCAAUCACGAGAAGGCCAAGUCCAUACAUGCCGCUGCCAAGGAAAUGGUCUAUCUGGCCGAACAGGGAUUGGGUGAGAAAUCCACACUGGACACUGCUUGUCAGGAGAUGCUCAGCCAUGCCGCCAGCAAAGUGAAUCAGUCCCAAUUGGAGGUCACCGACACCCGCAACGCCCUCAAGAUGUGCCAGUUAAAGCUCGAGGUGGCCAACAACCGGGUCGGCAAGCUGCAGGGUCAGCUCAAACAGGCGCUAAGAGCCUCCAGAUUGCAGCUCAAGCGCAAUUUACUUUUGUUGAGAUAUUUUAGCAUUAUGCACGCUUUGUAUUGUACCCUCUGUUCGCCGUACUACGAGACCCGGGCAAACUACAAUGGACUGCUGAAGGCCCAAAAGACUCGGGUCAACGAGCUGGAGGCGAAGGUCAGUGCGGCGAAGCUUACGUACAACGAGGCGCUUAAGAACCUGGAGCAGAUAUCAGAGGACAUCCACCGGCAGCGCCAGCAGCGCAAUAACCUGCUCAACUAUGAGGCCAUGUUGCGUCAGGUGGAUGCGGUGGACACGUUGACAGCGGGUCUAGCAAGAAGUGUGUCUGGUGCUGGAGCAGUGGGCUCAGAACAAGAUCUCGGCGAGGAAGCGUCCGAGGAGGAGUACCUGCGCAUGCCAGAGCGGCUGGGUCACCACGAGUGCCCACAACUCUUGACCGAUUUCGAGGCUGUGCUUACGUUCCCGCAGAAACUGGCCGGUGGAAUGCACAAGUCAGCCAGCACUGGUGCAGCAGCGGAUGGGGAAGCCGGAUUGGGACCGCUGGGCCUGCACGCACCGUACGAGGUGAAGUCGGGUAGCGGAUCUCUGGCAUCGGGAUCCGCUUCCGUCUCAACUUCGGCCGGUGGAGCUCCGGCGGACAACGAUAUUGAACAGUGGACGGAGAUCCGGCUGUCGCAUUCGGACAGCACCAGUUCCAGCUACUCGAAUCAGUCGCUGCUUGAGCAGCAGGGCCUGGAAAGCACGGGUGGCAUAUCCGGUGGACUCGGUCUGGGUCUGGGUCGAAAUCAUCUGGAUGCCGAUGCCCAAUCGCAGCACUCGACCUCGUCGUCUGAUGAACCGAAGCGCAAGGUCACCUGCACAACGAUAUUUCAGGACGACAGCAGUGCGUCGAGUGGUGGCGGAGCCAGUGGUGGUCAGCAGAUGAGUCGGAAGCAGAGCCUAAGCCAGUGGCUAUCCCGCUCGAAUAGUUUCAAGGGCAGUGGACGACGACAAAGCCUGGAUCUACUAAUCGAUGCUGGUGAUAAGGUGAAGGAUGUGUUUAGCUAUGGGUUCCAGAAAGUGGGACGGAGUUUGGAGCGGCGUAACAGUGAAUCUGAGAUGGGUGGCGAUAGUGGAGCGGAAGGAGAGGCACUACUAGGCGGUGCAACAGACUCCUUGACUGUAACCGGGGGAAGCGGCAGUGGCGGUUCAUCCGGUAGUGGCUCAGGAGGCGGUGGAUCCGGUGGCGGUGCCGGUGAUUUUUUCCUCUUCAGCAGAUCUUCAGAGCCUAAAGAGUUACUGUCCGAUGAGCAGGUUGAGAAUUUACUAUUAAAUCACACGGUGGAUGAGAAUGGUGCCAUUAUAGUGGAAGAACUCAAAUCGCCAACAACAACCACAAGCAUGUUUCACACCACACACCAACAACAUCAACAACAACAACAGCAGCAGCAACAACAACAACCAAAGCAACACCAUCAGGCACUCAAUGUGGUUGGAGCCCUGCUGUUUUGAAACGACAGCGAAUUACCCUACACUUAGAAGAAGAGAAACACCAAUACGCCCUCACUAUCACGCACACCCACAAUAAGCAGCGAUGGGAAAAGUCAUUUUUUAAUUGAUAUUCAAAUUAUUGUUCAAACUUAGAAGAUCCCUAGAUGAUCUAAAUUCAUAAUGAUAGUUUUUUGAAAUCAGGUAUAGAAAAGAGUACCUAAACAUGAACCCAAAGGAAGUUAAACCUAAUUGGUAUUGUUUUCUGAAUUGAAAAAAGGAUUUUCUAAAAAAAUAUCAAAGUAUUGUUAUAAUCCGAAUAUGUAUGUGAAAUAGAGAAUAUAUUCUAGUCAAAAUACAGUUUUCUAAAUUAGAAUUUUUCAUUUUUUGUAAAACAUAUUUUUCUGAUAUUUGGAAAAGCCUUUCUUUAAUUUAGAUUACAAGAGUAUAAGCAACUCCCAUCACUGCAACUAUAUAUAUAAAAAUAUGAAUUAUGGCAAAAUUUUUACUCUAUGAGUACUUGGGCAUCGAUCGUAAACCCAAAAACCCAAAAAUCCAAUUAGUCAAAAGCGUAGCGUACAUAUCAUUGAAGACAUCAAUCCAGACGGAUCAGAUCAGCCCGCAGGAAUCUUUUAAAUCCACACCAACGCACUCAGGCACGUGUGGCAAACUAUGUUCUAAUCCUAAAUAAAAUGUGCAAUAAUUUAGUUUACUUAGAGGCAUAUAAAUAAGAAAGUUACAUUUUAUGCUGUUUACAAAAAGCAAAUAACUAAAUGCUAGUCAACAAACGAAAUCAGUUUAAUAGUUUUAGUGUGUAUGAGCUAAACAUUCAGCAACCAGAUUUACAAAAAAAACCGACAAAAUACAUAAGAUUGUACAAAUAUUGGUAAUUGUUGCGUGUACAAAAGAAGAGUGAAGUUUACUGAGUCACAGCUAAUAAUAGUUUAUGAAAAAAUUUGAAAUAUAAACGUUUCACAGGUUGUCCCAGGACUCUUCAGUCUUCUUCUGGAUACGCCACUGAAUGUUAAAUACUUGCAUAUAUUAAUACCUGCAUAAUUAUAUGAAGUGUAUUAUACAAAA